UUCGCUCACUUGGUUGAUCCUUGUUUCAGCUCAUUUAUCGCUUGCCUCAGCUACCAGGGGCCCUGCCAGAGGCAGUUCGUCUACAGGUCCGUAAGGAUAAUUUUAGGCUCAGUUAACUGAAGAUUACAUCCAUUAUAACUAGGGGAUACCAAUCGAUUGAACUCGACCAAGGAAUCCAAUGCGUGGGACUUGAAUUACUGGAAGAGCCUACGCGUGAUGAGUGAUAUUUGAAUUGAUCUGCACCUUGGUGAGGGUAAGCUGACCAGUGGGCAGGCAUUCUGAGACACGCGAGCAGGGAUGUAGAUAUCUCAACCAACAGAUGUUACCUUGUCAUGCAUAUAUGUACAGAAGAAAGCUCUCGGCCAACAUGUCCUUUUCCCAUCUUUCAACGUAAUCUCUCCGACUGCCCACGAUGGCUACCCAAUCCACAGAAAACGAAUCUUGGGACCGCCUUGAUUUAUCUCAGAGGGGCUUUUUCUAUGAUGAGGACAGCCGCCCACCAAGAGACCCGUUGCCAUCCCAUGUUGAAGCCCUUAGAGAGUCAAUGCUUGACUUUGCCUUUGACUUGGCUUCUCAAAGAAAGCACGAGGCCGAACUAACCGAUGAAAUCAAAAGGUUGGCUAAGAAACUUGAAGAAGGGAAGUACUCCGAAGACAAUUGGGAGAACUUUUUUCGAAAGUACUUCUUUGACAUUCUCGUAAAGGACGUCUCAGUCUCACAAGAAGGCUCUCGCAGAGUGUCACGAUGCAACUAUUACUAUGACGCCAUAGUAGCCACAUCUAAAGCUGCUUGGGUAACAUUUGACAAGAGGGGCAAUGCACUUGGCGAUUCAAUGCCUGAUCAGUUUAGGAACAAGAAACGCCCGUCACCCGACCACGCUUUCUAUUUUCCGAUGUACCAUCUGACAGCCAAAUCCCAUAUUCCUGGACCAACCGAUCACACAGGCCUGGAGUGGCAUAAAGCACCAACGCCAUCCCUAGUAGAAUCAUUCUCAUGGUCUAAGUUAAAGAGGCUUUAUGGACAUGGCUUGCGACCCUCUCCCUUCCAUGCUUUCAAGAAACGCCAACCGCUAGAAAAUGACAUGAAUUGUUAUCCAUGGCUUGUUGUUGAACACAAGCAUAAGCAGACAAACUCCGAAAGGAUGAAGGAAGAGGUUUACUGCCAAGCAGUUAACGGCAGUGGAUGUGCCGUCAGACUAAACCAGAUCGCCGCAAAGUAUGCUGUUGAGUUAGAUAAGGAGGCACAUAUUCCCCCUAUCCCAGCGGUGACUACAGUUGGGCCGGAAGUCAAGGUCUGGAUAACGUAUUUCGCCAAAGACUUUAUGGGGUAUUACUACGUCGACGAGGAUUACGCCGAACAGUCCUUUCAGAGAUGCAGUCAAGGUUAUAUGAUGCAAUGUAUAUGGGAGGGAGAUAUGACUGAUCCUCACGAUAUUAUCAAAUUUCGUCUCAUACUUGAAAACACAUAUACAUGGGCUACGCGGGUGUUCAAGUCAUUGAUCACCACAUAUAUUGAUCAAUGGAGCUAUGUCUACUCCGAUGUCGGCACCGACUCUGCACACUCGGCAAUGACACGUCGAAAGCAGAAAAUGGAACUCUCGAAGAGUGCACUGUCGUCAACCGAGCGCGAGACAAUUGCCAGAGAGGUGGACCAUAUCAUUGCCGAGAGACUCGAGGAAUUGAGCCUCAACUAUGGAGGAGGUGCAACUCCGGAGAGUGGUCCACGACGAAGUCCGCGGUUGCCAGCACGAAGCGUUUCGCGGCCAUGUACUCCAUCUGGCCAAGCCUCUCAAGUUCAUGAUUUGAGUUCCAGAGUAGAAACAGUAGCCUCCCUUCUCAAAGCAACCAUGACAGCCGGGGAACUGAAGAGACGAGAGGGCCAGAGUAAAUUUCUCGAACCACCGCCUAAAAUUAUACCUGAGUUGAGUAUCACAUCUCAGAAUGCGGAUGAUGGAGAGACACUGGUUGAAUCGCCUUCAAUUGCAUCCUCAAACACCUUCAGUCCCAUUGGCGAAAGAUCCGCGGCAGACUCAAUGCCUGGUUCAUUUCCAGCAGUUAACUCCGCAGAUUCUUUUUCUUUUGAUUUCAUGAGCAACGAGGAUGGGGCGAUGUCCAUUCAGUGGCAAAAUCUACAAAAGGGUAUUGCUAAAAUCUUCUUAGGAUAGAGUACUAGAUGUCCUAGGGCAUUUAGGGUAUUAAUACUGCCGAGAAUGCUGUGUAUCUUAAAUAUCUGCUUGCAAGUGAUUUGUAUCCCUUGUUUCGUGGUGGAAGUCGUAAA